UCCUCGCUUGUGUCGCUUGUGCGUCGCCUCCUUGCCGUCCUCUGAACCCGCCGUCAGACCUUGGCCCUGUCCUUUGCUGAGGCCUGUGCAGCUCCUUUCGUUUUGUUUCGACGCAUCGAUACUGUCUUUGGUUUGUUUCCAUCCCAGCGUCGUCCUUUUGACGCUACUGGGACCAUUCUCGACUGACACCUGCAUGUCUUUGCGAAGCAUUGCGCGCCGACACACCUCGACUUUGACUGGGCAUAAUUGUCCCGCCAACAAUUGUGUGCACCAAUUUCGCGACUGAGUACGCGUGUGACUUUGUCAGACUCAGCGGGCGUCACAUUCCACAUUCGGCUUUUCAAAUCCAGUCUGCCGGAUGAAUGCGGCCCCAUUGCUCGACCCAUUGUCAACCUCCUGACCUUUGCUCGCAUUGCACACGCGAUCCAACCGACAACGACUACCUACCCCCGCCGCCGAGUGACGGGCCGAGCGCCUGGUCUUCUCGGCGCUCGCCAUGGCGGGGUUCUUCCAAAAACUCAAAGGCGCCGGAUCUGGUGCCUCCAAGACUGAUACCGCCGUGUCCACCAAGACUAAGAAGGACGAGCCGCAGCCGGACUUGACACCGGUUGAGAAGCUGUUGCACAAUGCGGGCCCCAUCCGGGAGGACGGCAGCGACAAGUUCUUUGGGUUAGAAAACUUCGGGAACACAUGUUAUUGCAACUCCAUUGUCCAGGCACUCUACCAUUCAGAACAUUUUCGGAACAACGUCGUCAGCUAUCCCCCGCCCGGUCCAUGGGAGGAGUCCAACGGAACCGAGAGAAAGAAGGUCAAGGCUACAAUACGGCCUCCAGUGCAGGCAAUCCCAAACGGAAAUGCUGCCGGAGCGAGCAAGCCACGACAGUCCUUUGGCGCAGGAGCUCAGCUACCGCCGAUAGCACCGUCUAUGCGGCCCGAGGACAAGCCGGACUCUCCUGAAUACAAAAAGAAGCAGGCCAUGAUCAGGGGCCCCGUAUUAGAGCUAGCGCAGGAGGAUUCGGAACCGUAUGGCAUGGAAGAGUGCACUUUCACGGGCCUCCGCGACAUCUUCACGGCUCUCAUCGACAGCCAGUCCCGGACGGGCGUCCUUAGUCCCCAGAGGUUUCUCGACAUUUUCAAGCGCAACAACGAGAUGUUCCGCAACUCGAUGCACCAGGAUGCUCAUGAGUUUUACGGCAUAGUGCUCAACGACGUCAUCGCAAAUGUGGAGGCGCAUGGAAAACGGAUGCAAGAGUUGGCCGAGAGCAGGAGCAAGGAUGGAUCGUCCCAGUCGGCAGACACAGCGUUGGCAAAGGCCGAUGCCAAUCCAGGGACGCGACCGCCAGGGACUGGUUGGGUCCACGACAUUUUUGAAGGUGUGCUGACCUCAGAAACCAGGUGCUUAACUUGUGAGACGGCAUCCCAACGGGAUGAGACUUUUCUGGAUUUGUCCAUAGAUCUGGAGGAACACUCGUCUGUGACGUCGUGCCUGCAAAGUUUCUCGGCCGAGGAGAUGCUCUGCGAGAGGAACAAGUUUCACUGCGACCACUGCGGCGGCUUGCAGGAGGCGGAAAAGCGCAUGAAGGUCAAGAAACUGCCCAAAGUUCUGGCGUUACAUCUGAAGCGUUUCAAGUACACCGAAGAUUACAGCCGAUUACAGAAGCUCUUCCACCGCGUCGUCUACCCGUACCAUCUGCGUUUGUUUAACACCACCGACGAUGCCGAGGAUCCCGACAGGAUGUACGAGCUUUAUGCUGUGGUUGUGCACAUCGGAGGAAAUGCGUACCACGGGCACUACGUCGCGGUCAUCAAGACCAAGGACCGUGGGUGGCUGCUCUUUGACGACGAGAUGGUGGAACCGGUGGACAAGCACUUCGUCCGAAACUUCUUUGGCGACAAGCCUGGGAUGGCUUGUGCAUAUGUGCUCUUCUACCAGGAGACGACCUUUGAAAAGGUGCGGGAAGAGCUAGACGCGGAGGGUAUGGACCAGGUGAAAAUGGCCACACAGGCAGCGGACCUGGCAACGACCACCGAGCUGGUCAACGGGUCGAGUCCCGCUCUCCUCUCCAAACUCAACACACAGCCCUUGUCACCAGUGGACGAGAGCGAAACGCUUGUCACGCUCGACCAGAUCAAGUCAGCUCCCACUGCAAUCGAUGUCGCCAGGCCCGUCGACCCGCUGCCACCACCACUUUCUCAAUGCGAAGCGCAUCCGCUCGUCGCAGCACCACCUCCUGCUCCAGCAGUCUUGACGGAAGCCGACAAAGCCGCUACUGUUCCGCCAAAGACCAAGGCGGAAAUUGCGCGGGAAAAGAAAGAGCAGAAAGCCCGGGAAAAGGCUGAAGAAAAGGCCCGGAAAGAAGCCGAGAAAGAGCAGGCACGCAUCGCAGCCAAGGAGCGCCAGGAGGCACAUCAAAAGAUGCGGGAAACGUUACGGCUCGAACGCGAGCAACUGCAAAAGGCUAUUCAGGAGAGCAAGCAGAUGGCAGCCGAGGACGAGAAGCGGCAGCAGAACAAAGAGUCUGCCGCAACUGACACGGCUACUUCCUCAGAUACAGGUGGCAACGAUGAGCCUCCCCGCAACGGCUUCCUCAACCGCGCCGGCCGGACGAGCAAGUCGAUGACGCGCAAGAGCUUUGCGUUUCUGCACAUCGGGCAGCAAAACAACAACAAGGACGAAGGCAAAGGGGGCGACAAGACGGACCGCAGCGACGCAAGCGAGGACAAGGGGGAAAGCAGCGCCGACGGCGGUGGCAAGGCAAAGGAAAACGGCAACCAUCCUCCUGUGCCCCCACCACCACCUCCACCACCACAGCAACAACAACCACAAAACGGGAGCGGCACCAGCAGCAGCGGUAAACACGGCCACCUAUUGCGGCCGUGGUUGACACCGCGGUCGGACACGGCGCCCGCCGGGGCCGUCGACCAGUUGCGGCACAACAAGGACAACAAGGAUAAGCCGCCGCUCAAGGAGCGGUUCAGCUUCGGACUGGGAAGGAAGAAGAGCAGCAGGUUUUUGUCUCCGUCGUAGGAUUGCAUGAGAGGCCUGCUGCCGUGCUCCGGCGAGUCCAGGGAGUCACUUGAUUCCCGCAAGGAUAAGGGAGGGAGGGAUUCCGUUGUCUAAACAUUGGGUCGUGGAGUGGUCGUCUUUUUGUGGUGAGGUGUGGUGGGAUGUUUAUAAGAUAUCCAUGGGGGUGCCUGGGGUAUGCGUGUUCUUGGAUACUUUUGUUGGCAUACAAGGUGCUCAGCCGCUCUUGAUUAUAUAGAGUCUGCAGUUCCUACGGGGGCUGCAUUGGAUGCCGUAAAGAGUUGGAACAGAGAGCGGCCUUGCCGACGGGGAAACGAAAGUCUCCCAUCUUGAAUGGCGGUACUUGUUGGAGAGAGGAGCUGGGGGAGGAUGGUUUGUAUGGAUUUUGGGUUGUACGAUCAGGGCUAGGUUGGGAGACGUCUGGCUAUAUACC